GCCCCACCCCGCCCGGCCCUCCCCAAGUCCUCCCUGGCGGGACCUGACCAACCAUGGUGAAUCUGGGCCUGUCCCGUGUGGAUGACGUGGCCGCCAGGCACCCGGGACUCGAGGAAUAUGCUGCCUGCCAGUCGACCGCCUUCAUGAAGGGCGUUUUCACUCUUGUCACAGGCACUGGUACGACUUUUGGCCUGCAGAUGUUCAUUAAGAGGAAGUUUCCAUACCCUGUACAGUGGAGCUUCCUGGUGUCUGCCGCUGUAGGAUCUGUGGCCAGCUACAGAGUGACACGUAUGGAGUGUCAGAAAUGCAGCAAUCUCUGGCUCUUCCUGGAGACCGGGAAGCUCCCCAAAGACAUGAGCACAGAUCCUCACAAUUAGAAGUGCUCUGGCUGGUGCAGGAUGCGAAGCAGGGAAGAUCCUAGAGCAUAGACUCUAACGUCAUCUGACUCCAGGCUGGUUCUUCCUACCUCACCAAACACACACACACACACACACACACACACACACACACGCAUCCUCUAGUGCCAUCUCUCUCCUACACAUGUGUGGGGGCCUGCCUGAGAAACCUGUGAAGACUACUGCUGCUCCAAAUCCAGGACUUGGACUUGCCUAAGAUGCCAACUCAGGAAAAGGCUUGGGAGAGAGGGCUCUUCUGCAGAGCAGCCAGGAGCCAGGGUAUCUGUGAAUAGAGAAGCUUGGAUUCUGUUGCACACAGCUGCUAGGGCAGCAGCCUGCAUAUGGUGAAAGAGACUUGACUGCUUUCUCUGAUCUCUGUGCCCCAAAUCCAAAGAGAAUGUUGGAGAGUUGCAGCUAAUAAGUGGCUUGUCCUUUUUCCUAUGUGAGCUCUGAAGCAAUUUAACAUGAACUGGUGAGGUUGUUCUAUGGGUGAAGCACGUGGUGCUAAACCUGGUGUCUGAGUUUGAUCCCCAGGAACCACAUGGUAGAUGGAGCAACCACUCUCCCCCUCAAGUUGUCCUCCAAUCUCCACAUGCAUACUGCGGUAUGUGGGUUCCCAUUACGCAUGCACACAAAAUAAAUAAGUACAGGUCUAAUAGUAAAAAA